GCCGCCAAGCUCCUUGCGGACUCCGCGGAGGGUGGGCGCCGCCGUGGGCUCCGGCCGCCGGCGGGUGUCCGCGGAGUGCCGCCCGGCGCCGCCUGCCGCCGCGGCCCAUGGGUAGAGUCAGCCGGGCGGGCCGGCAUUAAAUCAAAAAGAAGAUGUCCCUGUAUGAUGACCUGGGAGUGGAGACCAGUGAUUCAAAAACAGAAGGCUGGUCCAAAAACUUCAAACUGCUGCAGUCUCAGCUUCAGGUGAAGAAGGCCGCUCUCACCCAGGCCAAGAGCCAAAGGACAAAGCAAAGUACGGUUCUUGCCCCAGUCAUUGACCUAAAGCGAGGAGGCUCCUCAGAUGACAGGCAGAUUGUGGACACACCACCACACGUCGCCGCCGGGCUGAAGGAUCCAGUUCCCAGUGGGUUUUCUGCCGGGGAGGUUCUGAUUCCUUUAGCUGACGAGUAUGACCCUAUGUUCCCUAACGACUACGAGAAAGUAGUGAAGCGCCACAGAGAGGAGCGGCAGAGACAGCGGGAGCUGGAAAGGCAGAAGGAAAUAGAAGAGAGGGAAAAGCGGCGUAAAGACAGGCAUGAAACCAGUGGGUUUUCAAGACGACCAGAUCCAGAUUCUGAUGAAGAUGAAGAUUAUGAGCGAGAGAGGCGGAAAAGAAGUAUGGGUGGAGCUGCCAUAGCUCCACCAACUUCUCUGGUAGAGAAAGACAAAGAGUUACCUCGAGAUUUUCCUUACGAAGAGGACUCGAGACCUCGCUCACAGUCUUCCAAGGCUGCUAUCCCACCCCCGGUGUACGAAGAGCAGGACAGACCGAGGUCUCCCACGGGGCCCAGCAACUCCUUCCUUGCUAACAUGGGGGGCACAGUGGCACAUAAGAUCAUGCAGAAGUACGGCUUCCGGGAGGGCCAGGGCCUGGGGAAGCACGAGCAGGGCCUGAGCACCGCCCUGUCGGUGGAGAAGACCAGCAAGCGUGGUGGCAAGAUCAUUGUGGGUGACGCGACGGAGAAAGAUGCAACCAAGAAGUCGGAUUCAAAUCCGUUAACUGAAAUACUCAAGUGUCCUACUAAAGUGGUCCUGUUACGGAACAUGGUUGGUGCAGGAGAGGUAGAUGAAGACCUGGAAGUUGAAACCAAGGAAGAAUGUGAAAAAUACGGAAAAGUUGGAAAAUGUGUGAUAUUUGAAAUCCCUGGGGCCCCAGACGAUGAAGCAGUACGGAUAUUUUUAGAAUUUGAGAGAGUGGAGUCAGCAAUUAAAGCUGUUGUUGAUCUGAAUGGGAGGUAUUUUGGUGGACGGGUGGUUAAAGCAUGUUUCUACAAUUUGGAUAAAUUCAGGGUCUUGGAUUUGGCAGAACAAGUUUGAUUUUAAGAACUAGAGCACGAGUCAUCUCCAGUGAUCCUUAAGUGAGCUACAGGCUGAGCAGAGGAGCAAAGCCACAGCCCCCACGGCUGCUGGGUGCUGAGACUCUUGGAGGGACUUCUAGGACAUAUGUUGGUUGAACCCUUUUUUAUUUUGUGGUUUUUUAAUAUAGUAUAAAAAUCCUUU